AUGGCACCUCCAUCUCCUCAAGAACAAUUUAUUUUGAUAAUUACCGCCCUUGUAUUACCACCAUUGGCAAUUUUCCUUGCUAAAAAGUAUUCCGUCACUAAUAAGGAGUUUUUAAUUUCCUUGGUGCUAACCCUAUUUGGACAUGUACCAGGUCUGAUAUUUUCAGUUUAUUACUUGGUAUGCAUUGAUUUUCCUAGCUAUACAAGACUACCAGAUGCAGAAGAAACUCCAACAGAUAAUGAAGGGGAUAACCACCCUUCUGUUGGUGUACAAGAACAAAGGUUGCACACGGGAAAACGUGUGAAAGGUAGCCUUCAACAACAGCCCCUGAAGCAACACCAGCAACAGCAACAGCAACAGAAACAGCAACAGCAACAGCCAUACCGUGAUGAAGUAUCAUCAGCGCCACAAACAUCCACAAGCUCUAAAGCACCUUUACUUGGCGCAGGUGGUUUACCAUCGUAUCACGAUGUUGUUCACAGUAACCAAGAUAACAAGGUAAGUGAUAAUAAAACUCAACAUUAG